UCUGCCGCGCCAAAUCACAAGAAUGGAAGAAUCACGCGAAACCUCCAUGAGUUUCUUCUCCGAUCAAAAACUCUGCUACGCAGAUAUUAUUCCUCCUUUCGAGGUCCUAGCGAGAAUCGAAGUCGCCGUUCUCAAUUUCCUAAGGACCUUGACCUCUCCGGCUCCCGCAAUCUCCGACCUUCCUCUGAUUGCUAGAAAAUGGAGCAACGGCCGAGUGAAUCAAGGAAUGUUGACGAGUGUUUCAUGGAUUUUCCUAUCUGGAUCGUUCUGCACAAGGUCUCUGAUGCAAGCCAAUGCCGCUAAAGCCUUCAUUAGAGUGUGGAAGGUGAUGGAGAUGUGCUAUAAAAUUUUAGCUCAAGAAAAGCGAGUCACUCAGAGGGAGCUCUUUUACAAAUUGAUCUGUGAUUCACCGGAUUACUUUUCGUCUCAAUUGGAGGUCAAUAGGACUAUCCAAGAUGUUGUGACAUUGCUACGGUGCAGCCGUUACAGUCUAGGAAUCAUGGCAUCUAGUAGAGGAUUAGUUACCGGCCGUCUGUUGCUGGAGGAGCCAAAUAAAGAGGUUGUGGAUUGUUCUGUUGGUGGAUCUUCCGGGUAUGCUAUUUCUGGUGACUUGAAUCUGUUGGACAAGUUGAUUCUGAAGACGGAUGCACGGUAUAUAAUUGUAGUGGAAAAGCAUGCAAUAUUCCAGCGGCUUUCAGAGGAUUGUGUAUUCAACCAAAUUCCAACUAUUCUCAUCACAGCCAAAGGCUACCCAGAUAUUGCUACAAGGUUUCUUCUUCACCGACUGAGCAGGACUUUUCCUGAAUUGCCAAUUCUGGCUUUGGUAGACUGGAAUCCAGCUGGGUUGGCUAUCUUAUGCACCUUCAAAUUUGGAAGCAUUGGGAUGGGCUUGGAGGCUUAUAGAUAUGCUUGCAAUGUGAAGUGGUUAGGACUGCGAGGGAACGAUCUAAAUCUCAUACCUGAAGAAUCCUUAAUUCCAUUAAAACCAAAGGACCUCCAAAUUGCUAAAAGCUUGAUGUCCACGAAUGUCUUGCAGGAGAAUUACAGGGAAGAGCUGGCAUUAAUGGUUCAGACCGGUAAGAGAGCCGAAAUUGAAGCUCUGUACUCUCAUGGCUAUGAAUAUAUAGGGAAAUUCAUAGCAAAGAAAAUUGUGCAGGCCAACUACAUCUAAGAACACCGAUUUAUCAUUCCAAACUAAGUUGUUGCAUUGAGAGAAAAUAAUAAUAAUAAUAAUAAUAACAACAACAACAAAAAGAAUACAUAAGAAGAACGAGGAGAAAAAGAAGCAAGAAAAGAAAGGAAAUGCAAUGAGAACCUCUGAUUAAUAAGUAUUGCUCACACAUGGAA